AGAGAGAAAAAGAAAUGGUUUUUUUUUUUUUUUUUAAUUUAUCAUUAAGGGUAUUUUAGGUAUUUCAUCUAAAAUCCAUUUUUAUAAAAAUAAAAAAUUAUGAUGUGGCAGUGCCACGUCACCCAUCGUUACAUAGUCAGCAUGCCAAAUCAUUAAAUUUAUCCAGUCAGAUGCUGACUGUUGGCUGUAGGGGGGUAAACCAAAGAAUCUUUAUUUUACAGGGGGGAAUCUCCAAGUUUUUUUUCAUAGGGGGGUAAACCAAAAGACGCCCAAAUGGCAGGGGGAUAAAAACCUAUUAACCCUAAAAUAAAAAAUGUCAUUUAGCAACCUCUAGUACCGGUUACCAGUCAAGGAAUUAAAAUAAGCGGGUGAUGUGGUUAAUUGUCAUUGAUAUGUGUGUUAUAAGAGAGUGUUAGUGGUGUGUCCUUAGCAAUUCUCAUUAAAAUUUAUUAAAAACAAUAAUUCAUAUUUUUAAAAUAUUUUUGGGUGUUUUUCUGGGUUUUAGAAUCAUUCGUCUUUUUCCCUCUGAAAAAGCACAAGAAUUGUGAGCGAUGAGAAAAAAAUCCGUCGUCAGCGGUAUUCGCCACCGCCGUAGUAUAACACCUUCAACCGCCUCUCCCAUUCCUCUCCUCUCCACCACCAACGACGACCACAAUGCAACCGUCUACAACAGCAACAGCGACGGCGAUGACAACCACCACACUCACACUCCAUUUCCCGAUUCCGUUCCCGAAACCGUACCCGUUGAUUCCUUAGACGAUAACAUUUGCAUUACCUGCAACAAACUCGGAGGCGAAUUGCUCGUAUGUUCCCAAACCGAUUGCCCCGUUUCUGUCCACGUCACUUGCAUCGGUUCCGAACCUAAAUUCGAUGAUUCUGGAAACUUCUUUUGUCCUUAUUGUGCGUACAAGCGCGCGUUGAAGAAAACUCGAGAGUUAAGAGAAAAAGCGGUUCUAGCGAAGAAAGCCCUUUCUAGCUUUUUAGAAAAACACCAAACAGUGCAUAAGGAUAAGGAAGAGCAACCUGUUGAACCAGAACCGGAAACGGUUCAGGAUCAUGUAAACCGGAAUGAACCGGAAGCGAAUGAACCGGAAGUGGAUGAACCAAAAGUUUCUCAUUCUGAAGAGGAAAGUAAUAAUGAUAAGGAAAACGAUGAAGAAAAGGUUUCUGUAUCAGGUAGUUCAGUGAGUGAAACUAAAGAUUCUGAUUAUGAGGUUUCGGUGGCGGAGAAGAAAGUUCGUGCCAGUGUUAAACGUAAGGCUGCUCCUGUGAAAAAAGCAUUGCUCAGGGAACGGAAAAAUGGUGGUGGUGGUGGUGGUAGUGGUGGUGGUGAUGACAUAGACGAGGAGGAAGUUACUAGCUCCAGAACUUCAAGUCUACGAAAGCGAGUCACGAAGCAGAAUAUACUGACUGGAAAACGUAAGAGAUUGAAUUGGACAGCUGAAGAAGAAAAAGUUCUCAAGGAAGGAGUGUUGAAGUUUGCAACAGAAGAUCAGAAUAUACCUUGGAGGAAAAUUUUAGAAUUUGGUUGCUGCGUGUUUGAUAAGACUCGUACUCCUGUUGAUCUCAAGGAUAAAUGGAGGAAAAUUACCUCCAAGCAAGGAUGCAAGUAGAAGUUGUGCAGACCUGAGUUACUUACCGGUAACAACCAACAGGGGAGUUUUGAUUACAUUACAGCAAAAAGUGGAGGAAGGAUAGGAGUUGCUAAUGAAAUUUGAUGACCUAGUCAUGUUUUUUAUGGAGUUCUAUGUAUAUAAUUGAUUGCCUCCAAUAAUUGUGUUCGAAGUCAUUUCAAUUUACCUCUGACUUAAUUAUAUCAACUGUACGAAGAACUGUGAAAAUGGGAUAUUCUAUUAACUAAAUAUCCUAGUUCGGAAAAUUUAAUCACCAACUUUUAGUUUUUGAAGUCA